AUGAAGACCAACCCGAUCGUCGUCAGCACCUUCCUCAAGUGCCUCUGCUAUGCCAAACGGACAGGUGAGGCUGUCGACGUGCUGCUUCGUAGGAUGUCCGACCUUGGCUGUGCGCCUAAUACCUUCUCGUAUGCCAUUGUUACCAAGGGCUUAUGUGAUGAUGGCAGGAGCCAGCAGGCGCUUGACCUUCUCCAAAUGGUGUUCAAACAAGGAUGUACCUGCUCGCUCGGUGUGGUGUCAUAUACCACCGUCAUCGACGGCUUCUUAAAGGAAGGCCAAGUAAGCAAGGCGUGCAAUCUAUUCCAUGAAAUGGUCCAGCAAAGGGUUAUGCCUAAUGUGGUCACGUAUAACUCGAUUAUUGAUGCGCUGUGCAAGGCCAGAGCAAUGGACAAGGCAGAGUUGUUCCUCCGCCAGAUGCUUGAUAAUGGUGUUCGACCGGAUAACAUGACAUAUAAUAGCAUGAUACAUGGAUAUUCCACUUUGUGCCAGUGGAAACAGGCAAGUAAUAUGUUCAGAGAAAUGAAGAGCCAGGGUCUUAUACCAGAUAUUGUUACGUGGAGAUCGUUAAUUACUUCCCUUCACAAGCAUGGAAGGCGCCAUGAAGCUGCACGAGUUUUUGAUUCCAUUACUGCAAAGUGCCAAGAACCACAAACCAGAAGUCUUCACAUACUCUAUUCUGCUGCGCGGGUAUGGCACUAA